AUGGACUGGGUGGCAGCCCAGCACUGUGGAGAGCAGAGUUUGAAGCCAACAAACAGGAGUUACGUGCUGAUGCUAGCACUGACAAUCGACUCAGGCAAGCCAUUUAACUUCCCUGUGUCUGCAGAAGAGAUCCUGACUUCUGUCAAAAAGCAAGAAGCCAUCAGGAAGCUCAUGGUUUUCUUGCAUGAAUGGGAUAGUGCCCACAAAGUUGCUCGAAGCUGCAUCCUGGACAGUUUCAUUAAAAGCAAGGCAGAACAAGAGCUGGAGCUGGAGUUCUCCCAGGGAGCCAGAGCGUGCUGCCUCUGCCUGCCUGUGAGAGGAAGAUCCCUGCUCUCUUGCAAGAGACAGUACCCAGUUCAGACCUCCAUCUGCUGCAGCGAGGCAGGAGGUGAUGGCUCCCAGGAGCACGGCCUGCUGGCAGAGGAAGAUGGGCUCCAAGAGGUACCAGACCUCGCCAAGUUCUUGGCCUCUUCCAACAAAGCAGAGGGUCAAGAAGACACACAGGUUCUGCUGGACUCUUCAGGCCAUGGCAAUCCCAAGUACCAGAACCAGGUCUGCCUUGUACCUGUGCUGCUCUGUACCUCUCCACAGGCCCAGCACGGGCUCUGCCGAUGCUCAGGGUCGUGCAGGACACGGUGGGAGAGGUGCCCUGUGCCCUCGACGAGCCCGUGCUGGGCGUGCUGCGCUCUGUGCACCUGGAUUAGGAAAGCAGGAUCUGUGUACCCACCUUGGGCACUCUGGGGCAGGCCGUGGCUGGCCUGGGCAAGUGUGGCGGGGGUGAAGGGCGAGCUCAGGAGCUCCCGGCCACGUAUCCCCAAAACCCUCCCGCCGGAGCGCGCGGCCUCAUUAGUAUUCAUUCAUUUGCAUACCCAGGGUGCACCGCGCCCGGUACCGCAGCCCCGGUAAAACCUUUCGGUGCCGCCGCUCUCCGGAGCCGCUGGUCCCGGUGCGGGGCCGGGCCAGUCCCUGCCGGGUGAACGGGCCGGGGAAGCGGAGGGUGGAACCGGGGGGGUCGCGGGGUCGCCAUGAGCUGUAGAGAGGCAGCUGGGACUACGUGUGUGCAGGGGGGCAAUUUACGGCAUACUCUGGUUUCUCUUCAGAUCGUAUAAAUCUUUCGCCUUUUACUAAAGAUUUCCGUGGAGAGGAACAAGUACGAGUGUCGAAUAAUUUUUUGAGGCUCCAUUUCGGUGGAGCUAA